AUGAAAAACCCGUUGCACAACCCGUUGCCUGCCUCACUAUCCAGCGAGUGCAAAAAGGCCGCUGCGAUUCUCGAAUCCUUCAUCAACCCGAAACUCAAAAUCGAUGGAGAAAUCCCACGUAAGAUAUUCGUGGGAGCCAAGGGUAUCGCCGUAUUCACAGCGCUCAGAGUUGGAUUCCUAGGCUCUAUCCGUUUUGGCUCGGGACUGAUUGUCGCCCGUCUCCCAGAUGGCAGCUGGUCCGCCCCAUCAGCGAUGGCAAUGGGCGGCCUCGGCGCAGGAGGUCAAUUUGGCGCAGAAUUGACGGAUUUCGUGUUCGUCCUGACUACCGAUGCGGCAGUGAAGACAUUCAUGCAGUCGGGAAACUUGACUCUGGGUGGGAAUAUAUCCAUGGCUGUUGGGCCCGUUGGUCGGAGUGCCGAGGCUGGGGGAGUAGUGGGUACAAAGGGCGGGACUGGGGUAUUCGCUUACUCCAAGACUCGUGGACUAUACGGCGGUCUUACAGUCGAGGGUGGUGUUCUUGCAGAGCGUGCGGAUGCAAAUAAAAAGCUAUAUGGGCGGAAAGUUCGAGCAAAGGAGCUGCUGAGUGGAUUGAUCCCACCACCACCUGAAGCGGGAGUCCUCAUCAAGGUUUUGAACGGGGACUACUUCCUUAUCAAAGGACCUGCGGAACCAGCCGCAGAAGGCGCUGAGCAGUCGCGUGAACAAAAUACCAAGGCUUCUGCUCAAUCCCAUGAGGGACAACCACAGGGAGUUUUGGCGGCGGCUGCUGAUGAGUCAGUAGCUGUCGGGCCAAACGCAGAGCAGACACCCAGAACUCCGGAACCAAGCCCGGAGGGCCCCGAGCAGUCGCAUGAACAAAAUACUAAGGCUUCUGCUCAAUCCCAUGAGGGACAACCACAGGGAGGUUUGGCGGCGGCUGCUGAUGAGUCAGUAGCUGUCGGGCCAAACGCAGAGCAGACACCUAGAACUCCGGAACUAAGCUCGGAGGGCCCCGAGCAGUCGCACGAGCAAAAUCCCGAGGCCUCUGCGCAAGUCCCUGAAAAGCAAUCACAGGGAAUUGUGGCGCCUGCUCCUAAUCAGUUAGCAGUCGUUGAGCCAAGCACCAGAGAUUCUCACAGCCUAUGCCAUGAGCUAGAUCACCAGGAGACAGCACCAGCUGCCAAAAGUAAACCAACUACAGAUCCGAAUACCAAGGAAGCAACUGGAGAUGCUAAAGCAUCCAAAAUUACCCACGGUACACAUACGUCAAAUGUGCAAGAGCCUAUGGCUACUACCGAGAAUGAUUAUGCCGUGGAGCCGAGUACACAGUUGGGACCCAAAGGCAAAGAACCGGCAGCUGGAGACAUGCACGAUACCUCCCGUGAGCCAGGUAUACCAGGGCCUAUCCCCGCUACUGAGCGGCUAUCUGACAGCAUAGAGACUGCUCCCAGUGCGACUCGCUGA